GAACAACAGAAGAAACAAGUGGAACAUCAGCUGGAAGAAGAAAAGAAGGCAAACAACAAGAAACAGAAAACGGAAAGGGAGCUAGAGGUUCAAAUCCAGAGAUUGAAUAGACAGAUAGAGAAACUAAAUACGGACCUGUAUCACACGGAACGUUCUCUCAGAUACUUUGAAGAAGAGUCCAAGGAUCUGUCUGGCCGCCUGCAACAUACAGUGCAGUGCAUAGGAGACUUAGAGCGGGCUCUCUCUGCUGUCCCCGCCACACAGGAGGAGAAGGAGAUCAGUUUCUCAAGCCGCAGUCGAGCACUUAUUGAGUGGCAGUUAGAGCAGUCCAUACAGGAGAAGGCACGGCUGAGAAAACGCCUGACACGGAUGAGGAAGUCUCUUAAACAAGCCCAGCUAGAGAGAGACGAAUAUGCUCAACAUCUAAAAGGAGAGAGGGCCCGGUGGCAGCAGAGGAUGAGAAAAAUGUGGCAGGAGGUUUGCACCUUGAGGAAAGACAAGAAGGAUGAUAUGCAUCGGGUGGAGGAGCUGAAGAGGAGCUUGUCCAAACUGAAAAACCAGAUGGCUAAACUCCUGCCCCCGGAGCCCCCAGCAGUGCCCCCUGAGGAGGAGCUGCAGCACCUGAGGAAGGAACUAGAGAGAGUGUCAGCAGAGCUCCAGGCCCAGGUGGAAAACCAUCAGCACGUCAGUCUCCUGAACCAGGCACAAAAGGAGAGGCUUCGGGAGCAGGAGGAGAAGCUUCGGGAGCAGGAGGAGAGACUUCAGCAGCUGGCCGAGCCACAGAGCGGCGUCGAGGAGCUGAACAAUGAGAACAAGAGCGCACUGCAGGUGGAGCAGCAAGCAGCGGAGCUACGGAUGAAGCUGGACGAGGAGCGCCUGGAAGCUGCCAGCCAGCAGAGCCAGCAGCUGAAUGCCCCGUUGAACCUCAUGGCUCUCCCUGGCGAAGGAGAUGGAGGAGGACAUCUGGACAGUGAGGAGGAGGACCUGGACAGCUGGGAGGCCAUGGUGGCAUUUUUCAGCUCCACUGGAGCCAGUGCCCAGGAGGAGCAGGCACGGUUAUGA